AUGGCAUCGGCUGCGACGCAAGAGCUCGAAGGUCUCAAGGUCGGCGAGAAGAAGCCGAAGAUUAUGGGAAGGGUAGUACUGGCGCUCGGCGACAUCACGCACCACAAUAUCAACCAAUUAAAGGAGAUUAACCAGUCUGUCUUCCCCGUCUCCUACAACGAGAAAUUCUACACGGACAUUGUGAAUGCCGGGGAACUCGCCAAAUUUGCCUACUUCAACGACAUCGUUGUCGGGGCCGUCUGCUGCCGAUACGACAAAUUCGAAGACGCGAAGAGCCUCUACAUCAUGACGUUAGGCACUUUGGCCCCGUACCGCGGUUUCGGAGUCGGCACGAUGCUGCUCAACCACAUUUUUGACAUAUGCAAAAAGGACCCAGUGAUCGAGAACGUUUUCCUUCACGUGCAGAUUAACAAUGAAACCGCCCUGGAUUUCUACAAGAAGAACGGGUUCGAGGUGCGCGAAAUGGUGGAGAAGUACUACAAGCGGAUCGAGCCCGACAGCGCCUACCUGGUCGUGAAAAAGCUCAAG